ACUGUUGUUGGUAAAAUCGGUGUGGUCUUGUGGGGUUGAUUGUCUUGUGUUUCUUGUACUAAAGCAGGACUUUGCUGGUUGAAGAUCACCUUCCAGUUUUGUGAAAUAUUUCACCCAAACGUGCUUUUCUGUUCCCGUGGUACCAGAUUGAAGUUUCUCUGUGCAUGAUAGGGUUGGCAGCCUCAGGAACAGAAAGUAGACGUUCUUGUCUGGAGGCUUUUCUGUGACUGAACCAGCAUCAUGUAAUAGAUGUUCUUAAUAAGAAGUAGUGAAUGGGAGCAGGUUUAAUAUAGGCAUCACUUUGCAAAGCGGGAAGAUGCUGUGGUGUGUGUUGCUACUCUAAAUGUAAAGUACUAGUUUUAAUAGCUAAUCAAAUCAUUAUAGGAUAAAUUAUUUUAUUCUGGGCCCCCAAAGUGAUUCGAAAUAAUCUAGCUAUUCGAUGAGCUUUGGAAACACUUGGAUCCUAAAGAACGUAAACGUAAAUGUCUCAUUCCCCUCUCCUUCCAUGGGUAGUGUGGGCAACCCAAAUAAAGUGACUGUCAACCUGUGGUUGGUAGAUGUUUCCACUAAUUGUUUGGGAAAACAAAAUUGUUUCCAUUUGUUCUUCUGGAAACAAAGAAAUAGAGCUAUAGUUCUUCAAACUGUUUGUAUAAUGGUCAAAUUACUUUUUUGUUUUUUAAACAAUCUUGUUUCCUGAGCUGAGAACUCAUUACCAGACUUACCCUGCAGUAUGUUUAUGUCUGCUAAAUUAAACCAAAUCAAAACAAAACAACAACCAAAAAAGCCCGCCAUAACCUGCAUGUAGGUUUUUAGCGGUAAGGAGCUACUGGUAACAGAUGCUUAGCCAUUGUUGUGUGAGCAGCUUUGUUGGAAUAAACAUAAACAAGAGUUGCACUGGGGGAGCUACUGGAACUGAUUGAUCAGACUUUAAGGAGAGUCAUUAUACUUUAAGCAGCAUGACUAUUUAGGGAGUAUCUGUUCAAGAUAUUGGAAAGCUCACAGUGUGUUGUGUGGUGGUUAAGGGGGUUAUGAGGCUGCUGCUGCUCCCUAAUACCAGAUUUUAUAGCUAUCUUUCAGUUUAGUUAGGGUGUCUUUCUGUUGAUGUCUUAUGCACUAGCUAUUGUUUAAACUUGUUCCCUCUCUUUAUAUAGGAGGAGGGGAAAACCAGCCUGCUAGAUUGAAACAAAACCUUGUGAAGGAGAUUUAACCCCUUGCUUAGGAAUGUAGGGAUUUAUAAUUAAACGGAUUCAUUUGUCAUUAGGGUCUUGGACCAGUAUUGGCAAGUAUAUCACUGACUUUCACAUGUCUUUUAUGGAUAUAUGUAAUUAGUUAGGUUUAUUCUCUAUUCCUUGUGUUUAUAAACUGUGUGAAAGAAUCAAGUACUGCUUAUAGAACAUCGUUACUUGAGAUCUGACUUUGUAAGUGCAGUUUUCUCUGUGUUUUGAACUGAGGAAGGCAUUAAGUGGGAUCCUUGGAAGUCAGAGAGAACAAAUUCAAUGUGAGCCUAAUCAGAGUCCCACCAUGUUUUGAAGGGCGGUUCGUUUGUUCGGCUGUGGAGUGGGAGUUGUUUUUGUUCUUUGGGGGCUCUCUGAAGUGAAAUGGAUGCUCUUAGAGUGUCAGUAUUUGUCUUUCUUGUUUCCUUUAGGUUAAUGUUUGAAAGUUAUUAAUCAGGUUGAGUAAGAUGGGUAUCCUGCCCUAGAGGUUUUCCUGUUUAGUGGAAAAGCUGAGAUUUAUAAAGUCACACCAAAAUGAAAUAAAGUGAUAAUGAAAAGCCUUGGGCAGACUGGCUCUAUAAUAUUUCUUAGGCUAUUUGUGCAGGUUGGUUUGUUUAAUUAUUAUUAUUAUUUUUGUUAUUGUCAGAAUUGUCGUUUCUAAUAGUAGGAUCCCUCACACCAUUUAAAUCAAAUCUUGCUUGCUACCAUAGAAAAUGGGCUCAGAAUAUCUUCUUAAAGUCCAAACCAUUCCUUUAAAGACUAACAGAUGUUUGCCCUCCUUUCCAGUCAGUGAAAGAUGAACUCUUACUAGUUCCUUUCCUCUUUGCUUUUAAACAUGGCAUUAAGUAAAAGUAGAUUUGCAUCCUUUUGGGGUUUUGACCAAAGUACACACCCAUCCCCUUCCUGCCUCCCUGGAACUGGUUCAAGAUUUGGAGAGAAGGGUUUGUUUGGGGGCGUUUCCCUUGUCUUAUCUCUGUGUGAGCAUAUGCUAGGGUUGAAUUUAUUUUGACCCUUUCGUUUUAAAUUUGGAACCAAAGCAAGAGUUUAAAGUACAACAGAAGAAGAGAGCCUGCUGAACUUGAGACAUGAGGGACCCAGGGAGGAAGAGCCUGGCCCAACUAGAGAAUCUGUGCAAACAGCUGUAUGAAACAACAGACACAGCCACUCGACUCCAGGCAGAGAAAGCCUUGGUCGAAUUCACCAACAGCCCCGACUGCCUGAGCAAGUGCCAGCUACUCCUCGAAAGAGGAAGUUCAUCUUACUCCCAGUUACUGGCAGCUACUUGCCUUACAAAGCUUGUAUCACGCACAAACAACCCUCUACCAUUGGAACAACGGAUAGAUAUUCGGAACUAUGUGCUCAACUACCUUGCCACUCGGCCAAAGUUGGCUACUUUUGUGACACAAGCACUUAUUCAGUUAUAUGCCAGAAUCACAAAACUGGGCUGGUUUGACUGUCAGAAGGAUGACUAUGUCUUCAGAAAUGCAAUCACAGACGUCACAAGGUUUUUACAGGAUAGUGUUGAAUACUGCAUCAUUGGCGUCACAAUUUUAUCUCAGCUAACCAAUGAAAUUAAUCAAGUAAGUGCUACAGCCUUCCUCCUUGAAGCAGACACCACCCAUCCUUUAACCAAGCACAGAAAAAUAGCCUCUUCUUUCCGAGAUUCAUCGUUAUUUGAUAUCUUCACACUUUCCUGUAAUUUACUAAAACAGGCUUCAGGAAAGAAUCUAAACUUGAACGAUGAAAGUCAGCAUGGUUUGCUCAUGCAACUGCUCAAACUCACUCAUAACUGCCUAAACUUUGAUUUCAUCGGCACUUCUACUGAUGAGUCCUCAGAUGACCUGUGCACAGUGCAGAUUCCCACGAGCUGGAGAUCAGCGUUCUUAGAUUCUUCCACUCUGCAGCUGUUUUUUGACCUGUAUCAUUCCAUCCCUCCUUCGUUUUCACCUCUGGUAUUAUCCUGCUUAGUGCAGAUUGCCUCCGUCAGAAGAUCCCUGUUCAACAAUGCAGAGAGGGCCAAGUUUCUCUCUCAUCUUGUCGAUGGCGUCAAACGAAUACUGGAGAAUCCACAGAGUUUAUCAGACCCAAACAAUUACCAUGAGUUUUGCAGACUACUGGCCCGACUGAAGAGUAACUAUCAACUGGGAGAAUUAGUAAAGGUGGAAAACUACCCUGAGGUCAUCCGAUUAAUAGCUAACUUCACAGUGACCAGCCUACAGCACUGGGAAUUUGCCCCAAAUAGUGUGCAUUAUCUCCUGAGCCUUUGGCAGCGGCUGGCAGCCUCUGUGCCCUAUGUGAAAGCCACAGAGCCCCAUAUGCUGGAAACUUACACUCCUGAGGUCACGAAAGCCUACAUCACAUCCCGUUUGGAAUCUGUGCACAUCAUACUGAGAGAUGGACUGGAGGACCCUCUGGAGGAUACAGGUCUGGUCCAGCAGCAGUUGGACCAGCUGUCUACUAUCGGGCGUUGUGAAUACGAGAAGACAUGUGCGCUCCUCGUGCAGCUGUUUGACCAGUCAGCCCAGUCCUAUCAGGAGCUGCUGCAGAGCGCCAGUGCAAGCCCCAUGGAUAUUGCAGUGCAGGAGGGAAGGCUGACAUGGCUGGUUUACAUCAUUGGUGCAGUGAUUGGUGGCCGUGUCUCUUUUGCCAGCACUGAUGAGCAGGAUGCUAUGGAUGGCGAGCUUGUCUGUCGGGUGCUCCAGCUGAUGAACCUAACAGAUUCUCGCUUGGCUCAAGCGGGUAACGAGAAGCUAGAAUUGGCCAUGCUGAGCUUUUUUGAACAGUUUCGGAAGAUCUACAUUGGGGACCAGGUGCAAAAAUCCUCUAAGUUAUAUCGCCGACUCUCGGAAGUUCUGGGCUUGAAUGAUGAGACCAUGGUCCUAAGUGUCUUCAUAGGAAAAAUCAUCACCAACCUGAAGUACUGGGGCCGCUGUGAACCAAUCACCUCCAAGACACUACAGCUUCUCAAUGACCUCUCCAUUGGGUACAGUAGUGUACGGAAACUAGUGAAGCUUAGUGCUGUGCAGUUCAUGCUGAACAAUCACACGAGCGAGCACUUUUCGUUUUUGGGUAUUAACAAUCAGUCCAACCUGACAGACAUGCGGUGUCGGACCACCUUCUACACGGCGCUUGGGCGUCUCCUCAUGGUGGACUUAGGAGAGGAUGAAGAUCAGUAUGAGCAAUUCAUGCUGCCACUCACGGCAGCGUUUGAGGCUGUCGCCCAGAUGUUUAGCACUAAUAGUUUCAACGAGCAAGAGGCAAAGCGAACUCUAGUUGGCCUAGUAAGAGACCUGAGAGGGAUAGCUUUCGCCUUCAAUGCCAAGACCAGCUUCAUGAUGCUGUUUGAAUGGAUAUAUCCAUCCUACAUGCCAAUUCUCCAGCGGGCAAUUGAGCUGUGGUACCAUGAUCCAGCUUGUACCACACCUGUGCUCAAGCUGAUGGCUGAAUUAGUUCAUAACAGAUCCCAGCGACUCCAGUUUGAUGUUUCUUCCCCCAAUGGCAUCUUACUCUUCAGAGAAACCAGCAAGAUGAUAACAAUGUAUGGCAAUCGCAUCCUGACACUAGGAGAAGUCCCAAAGGAUCAGGUGUAUGCACUGAAGCUAAAGGGCGUCUCCAUCUGCUUCUCCAUGCUAAAGGCUGCUCUCAGUGGGAGUUAUGUCAAUUUUGGAGUCUUCCGUCUCUAUGGAGACGAUGCCCUGGACAAUGCUCUACAGACCUUCAUCAAGCUGCUCCUCUCCAUUCCCCACAGUGAUCUCCUGGAUUACCCCAAGCUCAGCCAGUCUUACUAUUCACUACUGGAAGUCCUGACCCAGGACCACAUGAACUUUAUUGCAAGCCUGGAACCUCAUGUCAUCAUGUAUAUUCUCUCUUCCAUUUCUGAAGGACUUACUGCACUUGACACCAUGGUAUGCACAGGCUGCUGCUCUUGCCUGGACCACAUUGUGACAUACCUCUUCAAGCAGCUGUCACGUAGCACCAAGAAGAGGACAACACCCCUGAACCAGGAGAGUGAUCGCUUUCUGCAUAUUAUGCAGCAGCAUCCAGAGAUGAUACAGCAGAUGCUGUCGACGGUGCUGAACAUCAUCAUCUUUGAAGACUGCAGAAACCAGUGGUCUAUGUCCCGACCGCUGCUUGGCUUGAUACUACUUAAUGAAAAGUAUUUUUCUGACCUAAGGAAUAGUAUCGUGAACAGCCAGCCACCAGAGAAGCAGCAGGCUAUGCAUCUAUGUUUUGAAAACUUGAUGGAAGGCAUUGAGCGAAAUCUUCUUACAAAGAAUAGAGACAGGUUCUUGAAGAACUUCCUGUCCUCCAACUAUCCUGAGAUGCUGAGUGAUAAGCAAAACCCCAGACCCCUCCCUGCCUUUCCUCAAAAACAACUUCAGAGGCAAGAAACUCACCAGAGGUGGUGCUUCCUGAUGCAGUCCAGUCCUGACAAAGUGCCACAGUUAAAAUCUUCCCCAGCCACAUCGAAUUUGUUAACCAGUGAAGCUGUUCCUUUCUUAAUUGACGAUUAUAAGGGGGGGUACCCAAAAAGUAGCCAUCUUUUCUGAUUAAUUAUCAGCAAUUUGACAUGAUUCAAGCUAAUAAUUGGGAAGCCAGUUAUCUUUAAACUUGGGAUUUCCCCAAGAAGUCAUGUGGAGGUUGUAUUCAGUUAAAACAAGAGUCUAUUAGUUUCUGGAAUAUCCUGGGCACUGUGGUCACCAUGUCAAGUGUCUAUUUAGACAGUGUUUCCUGACACAUACUGUGCCUUACGUUGACAGAACACCUAAAGUCUUUACUGCAGAUUAUUAAAUUGCAUUAUGUA